CAGCGAAGGGAGUCAGCCGCUGGGGCCUCUCGUCUCGGCGCCUUGGCAAGAAGACGUCGCCCCGGGGAAAGAGGCGCCGCGCCAGGAAGGCAAACCCAUGCGGACUCACUAAACAGGUGCCGGGCUGGAAAAUAAGCCAGGAGUAAAAAAUGGCUUUUCGGAGGGUCUUGAAAGGGACUUUACUCAUUGGAGGCGGUGCUGUAGCGACUGUGUUUGGCCUCUCCCAGUUUUCUCAGUAUAGAAACAAGCAUGGUGCUCUAGCAUCUGUCGAAGCUUUGGACUGUCGGCCCUUGCAUAUGCUCAGCACCCUUCCCUGCAGAGAAAGUCAGCUGGAGGCCCUGCGAGAAACCUGCGAAUUUGACAUUCUUAUCAUAGGCGGAGGUGCUACGGGAAGUGGUUGUGCUUUAGAUGCUGUUACGAGAGGCCUAACAACAGCCCUUGUAGAAAGAGAUGAUUUCUCAUCGGGGACCAGCAGCAGAAGCACUAAAUUGAUCCAUGGCGGAGUGAGAUAUCUUCAGACGGCCAUCAUGAAGUUGGAUUUUGACCAGUACAGAAUGGUUAAAGAAGCUCUCCAUGAACGUGCCAACCUGCUUGAGAUCGCACCUCAUUUAUCUUCUCCUCUGCCUAUAAUGCUUCCUGUUUACAAGUGGUGGCAGCUGCCGUACUACUGGGUGGGAAUUAAACUCUAUGACCUUGUAGCAGGAAGCCAGUGUCUGAAAAGCAGCUACGUACUUAGCAAAUCAAAAGCCCUGGAACUCUUUCCUAUGUUGCGGAAGGACAAACUCGUAGGUGCCAUUGUCUACUAUGAUGGACAACACAACGAUGCACGAAUGAACCUUGCCAUUGCCCUCACCGCUGCCAGGUAUGGGGCUGCCACAGCCAAUUACACUGAAGUGGUGCGCUUGCUGAAGAAGACGGAUCCAAAGAGCGGGGCGAGCCGCGUGUGCGGAGCAAGGUGCAGGGAUGUUCUAACAGGGCAGGAAUUUGAUGUCAGAGCCAAAUGUGUUAUCAAUGCUACAGGACCUUUCACAGACUCCGUGCGGAAAAUGGAUGAGCAGACAGUACCAAACAUCUGUCAGCCAAGCGCAGGCGUUCAUAUUGUGAUGCCUGGCUAUUACAGCCCCGAUAAUAUGGGACUCCUUGACCCAUCCACUAGUGAUGGCAGAGUGAUUUUCUUCUUGCCAUGGCAAAAGAUGACUAUUGCUGGUACCACGGAUACUGCAACCGAAGUCACAAGUCACCCAAUUCCUACAGAAGAAGAUAUCAAUUUCAUUUUGACGGAAGUGCGCAACUAUCUUAGUUGUGAUGUUGAAGUGAGGAGAGGAGAUGUCUUGGCAGCAUGGAGUGGGAUUCGUCCCCUAGUAACAGACCCCAAUUCGAAAGACACCCAAUCCAUAUCUCGGAAUCACGUGGUGCAUGUUAGUGACAGCGGCCUUGUGACUAUAGCAGGUGGGAAAUGGACAACCUAUCGCUCGAUGGCAGAGGAUACAAUUGAUGCUGCAAUACGUACUCACGGCCUGCGCGCGGGUCCCUGUAAGACAGUGGGUCUCUUCUUACAGGGUGGAGAGGGUUGGAGCCCGACUCUUUAUAUUCGACUGGUUCAAGAUUAUGGACUUGAGAGUGAGGUGGCUCAACAUCUCUCAAAUACAUUUGGGGACAAGGCCUUUGAAGUGGCAAAGUUGGCCCAGGUGACCGGGAAGAGGUGGCCUAUUGUUGGAAAUCGCCUGGUUUCUGAGUUUCCUUACAUUGAGUCUGAGAUUGAGUAUGCAAUCCAAGAGUAUGCCUGCACUGCGGUGGAUGUGAUUGCUCGCCGCACACGCCUGGCCUUCCUGAACGUGCAGGCUGCCGACGAAGCCUUGCCAAAGAUAAUUGAGAUAAUGGGGAAGAAGCUCAAAUGGAACGAACAGAAGAAAAAGGAGCAGCUUGCAGAGGCGAAGAAGUUUUUGUACUACGAAAUGGGCUACAAGGCACGAUCAGAGCAACUGACGGAUCGCAGCGAAAUCACUUUGUCCCCAGCAGAUAUUGAGAGAUAUAAAAAGAGAUUCCACAUGUUUGAUAAAGAUGGCAAAGGCUUUAUUACCAUAGUGGAUGUGCAGCGUGUGUUGGAGAGCAUCAACUUUCAGAUUAAUGAAAGAGCGCUCCAUGAGAUUUUGAAUGAAGUGGAUUUGAACAAGAAUGGGCAGGUUGAACUCAAUGAGUUUUUGCAGCUCAUGACUGCUAUUCAGAAAGGAUUUGUCUCUGGAAGCCGUCUAGCUGUACUUAUGAAAGCUGCAGAAGAGAACAUCCACCAGCGCAAUAGGAUUUCAGUAGAUCGGAGUGGUGGCGGUCUGUGAGUUUUGGGAACCCUUGGCUGCAAAAUGGUGGAUCUCGUGUUGCUGCUGAAAAACAUUCCAGUGCUUUCAGAUGUGCCCUGCUUCCUCUGCUUGAUCUGUCUGGCAUUGAGCAACCAUAUGGAAAAAAAACACUGUUGCAGUCUGCUUACUUAACAGUCUACUAUUGCAGUCCUUAAAGUUCUACUACCAUUUUGACUUUUGGCCUCCUUAACUGGGUAUAUGUUUCUGCUUUCUGAAGAAUCAGUGGUGGACAUGCAUUUGGAGUGAGGGAACUCUGCCCCCAGUGCCUUUUUCUGGGCAACUCCUGGGGGAUCUGCACUACACCUUGGCUGCCCUUGGGGCCCACGGCAGGAGAUCCAGGUGCAGUUUCAUUGUGCCACCUGAACUGUAACAAGAAAAAAUCAUUUUCUACCUUAGUAAGGUGGCCCCUGGCUCUCUUCUCCUAUCUUGCUGCUUUGAUUUGGCAGAAGUGGGAGGUGCCAGCAUGCCUUUAGUGUCUUAUAUGUCGGCUUGUUUUUUAAACUUCUGCAUUGCUUUUUUUCUUUGUUUUAGGAGAAGUGUGUUGUGCUAAAUAUUCAUCUUGUUGCCUAGAACUUUGGGGAUGAUUGUAUUAUUAU